AUCGCCUAUAAAUAUCCCAAUACCAACUCGUCAAACCACUUGUGCUUCAAUUUCUCUCUCAAUUCUCACUUUUCCUCAAUUUUUUUUCUUCGUUAAUCGUAAACUAUGAGCCGACACCCUUCAGUUAAAUGGGCACAGACGUCUGAUAAGGUCUUCAUAACCAUUGACUUGCCAGACGCUCAGGAUGUGAAACUAAAACUGGAGCCUGAAGGGAAAUUUUUCUUCUCAGCUACCAGUGGAGCAGAUAAGAUACCUUAUGAAGUUGACUUUGAUCUGUUCGACAAUGUUGAUGUUAAUGAGAGCAAGGCUAGUGUUGGCUUGAGAAAUAUCUGUUAUCUUGUCAAAAAGGCAGAGAACAAAUGGUGGAGCAGAUUGGUAAAACAAGGGGGAAAACCUCCUGUGUUUCUGAAAGUUGAUUGGGAUAAGUGGGUUGAUGAGGAUGAGGAGACGGAUGAAAAAAAACCUGGAGCUGAUAUGGACUUCGGUGAUUUUGACUUUUCGAAAAUGAACAUGGGUAACAUGGGAGGCCCUGAUCUUGAUGCUGCUGGUGACGAUGAAAAUGAUGAUAGUGACACAGAAGAUGAGAAUGUGGAGGAAGCAUUAGCGGCGGAGACCAAGGGAGAAUCAUCAGCUGCUGUUGAGGCUGAUGCCAAAAAAGCUUGAAACUUUAAAUCUGGGUGUGUUGUGAAGUUUUAGGCAGCCUUUUUAUCUGCAACACAUUGUGGAGCAAACAUAUCUUAUAAAUUACUACCAUGCCUGUCUAAUCAUUUUUAUUUUUUUCGGUUUCACUGAAAAUAUUUGCUGCUCUGAGAGUUGAAUUGGUUUUGGAAAAUAGAAUAUUAACAGUGGUUAGAUCAAAUAUGAUCCAUUUCUUUAUAUCUACGCCAGUCUUUUCAUAA